CGAUCUCCGUAGCGCAGGCCACGUACGUACCGGUACGUUAUAUACGUGUUGUAAACUGACUAGCAGACGCCGUUUUAUGUGCGAAACAUUUGCACGCAAAGUCUAUAUGGGAAUUUACAUGUUAAAGCAUGCAGAUUGGUCAAGACAGGUAGCAUCAGUUUCAUAGAUUUAGCAAUUAUUAGCAAAAAAUCUACAAAUAAAGGACUAAUCAUGGCGCUUGAAGAGCUGAUGCGUGAACUAUUUCUAAAUCCAAUCAACCUUGGUCUCUUGUCGGUAUGUGGUUAUUUGCUCUAUAAAAUCGUCAGAGGCAACAGAACACCACCGGAGCCUCCACAGCCGCCUCGUCUGCCGAAGAUGAAGAGGAAAGAUUUCCAGGUAUCAGAACUGACCGAAUAUGAUGGUAUUAAAAACGAAGGACGCAUCUUGGUUGCUGUGAAUGGAAAAGUUUUUGAUGUCUCGAGAGGAAGAAAGUUUUAUGGCCCAGAGGGCCCUUAUGGUGUUUUUGCUGGACAUGAUGCAUCAAGAGCAUUAGCGACAUUCUCACUGGAAAAGGAAACUUUGAAAGACGAGUUUGAUGAGCUUUCAGACCUCACCUCCGAACAGAUGGACAGCGUGAGAGAAUGGGAAAUGCAGUUUAUGGAAAAGUAUGACUACAUCGGGAAACUCCUGAAGCCAAAUGAGGAGCCCACCGACUAUUCUGAUGAGGAGGAAGCGGACAAAAAGGACAAUUAACAUCCUCCUCUGCGGACUUCAAGUUUUGCACCUGCCAUUGUUCCUCAAUUUUCUUCAAUCAAGAGUGCCGAAGUUUCAUGUCGUCCCCAUUCUCACAAUGAUUAUUAACGUGGGUUAUGAAUUAUGUACGUUGGGGACACUUUCUAUACAUGUGUAUGUGAUGAUAUUCACAAAUGAUGCGGAUGUUGAGUAAUUGUUUAUUCGUUGGAUGUUUUAAAGAUUUCUUAGAUUUACUUACACAGUUGGCUCCAUGCACAAGACUGUAGUAUCACUUCUUUCCUUUUUCUUUCUGACCCAUUUAAAACCAGGAUUUUUUUUGAAAGGGAGAGAUAGAUUAUCUCUCUCUUCUUUAAAUUGGCAGUGCUGAUAAUUGCUUUACUGUGACACCAUUUCAACAAGAAGGUGGAAAUACUUAAAUGAAAUUAAAUUGAAGAGUUAAGAUUCAUGAAUUUGAGCACGUUGCCAAUUUAAUAAAGUUAAGUUAAUGUUAUGUUAUUUCUUGUAUCAUGUAAUAUUUGCUAAUGCAAAAGAAAAUGAGCCGAGACUGUUCAGAAAUAUUUGCAUUCUUUGCUCAUGAGUUUGAUAUAUUUUGUUUAGGACUGUGAUUCAAGAUAUCGGGCAAAACCUAAUGAUGAUAAAUAUUGUUCUGGAUGGGUAAAAAAAGACCAAUUGUUAUGGCUAUUGUCACAGAAUCAGGUUGGAGUAUAAACGCCUUCCUUACCCUCUACAGUCGACCUUUGGUAUGUGACAAAUCUAAUUAAUUGUAGGUCACAGCCAUUCUUAGAUGGAUGUAGAACUUUUACAGUGAAUUCAUACUGAAUCUUCUUAACCAAUAUAGUUAACAGUCUUCUGGUUCUUAACAGACGACCUGAGCAGUGUCUCACAAAUCCACCAGUGGUACCAAAAUUGGCAACAUUCUAUUGAAAUUGUUGUUGAUAUUAAAACGGGUGCUUCAAUGAAAUGUCUGAAAAUUUGUGCCAACGAUUGAUUUGUGAAACCCUGCCCUGUGGUCUAUGGCAGUCCAUGAGUAUUCAGAAUCGCACUACGAUACUACUACGCAAAUAGAUAGAGGGAUGCUUCCAUUAAAGGUGUAUAUUUCUUCCUUCUGGCAUUUAGCUAGCAGCUAAAGCUGAUUCAAGGUGAGGUAGGAAUUGAUCACAGCGAUAUGUCAUACUGACUGCCAACCGUAGUUUGGAGGCUAUCAUCUUGUGUUGUACGAAACAGGUGCUGAUAAUGUUGAUUUCAAGUAUGGAAGAGUCAUUGGAAGGCACUCUACGUGACGUCUGAAAUGUUUGCCUACUUCAGGUAAAAUUAAUGAUGAUGAUAAUGUUCUAGAUUUAUGUAGUGCCUAAUACACCUACGACGAUGUCUCUAAGCACCUUGCAUAAAUUAGCUACUUUUGAGUGAGUAUGUAUGCAAACUCUAUACAGCUUUCAACCUGAAGUGAAACCGAGAUAAUUUUUUUUUUUAAAUCAAUACCAACCCUUACAUUUUCACUUCAUUAAUAUACUGCUUGUGCACAUAUUUCUCAUGAGCAUUUUUUAUGUGGAUAGUUCAAUGCUUUCACAUAAUGGGAUAAAAAUCAUAAUCCAGACAUAAAUAUAAA